AUGGCAUAUGCGUAUCCGUAUCCGGAAUAUCAGGAAAGGAUAGACGACGAUUCAUACUGUGGAACGCGAAGGACGCAUGUCGGAACGGAGGCGGGGCAGUCUGGUAGUAAGUGCAUUGCGCUGCACACAUCCUAUACACGUGCUCGACGAGCUCCACCGGACACAUCGCAUCUCAUUUUGGCACCAUUCCAUUCCACACACUGGCAUUUCUCUGCGAUGCACUGUUUUAUCAGACGUCGCGGAGUGUCAUACGAAAUAGAGACCAUGUCUGCACGAAACUUGGCCGGAUGCCAGGGCGGGAGAGCUGGACAAUGUCUGGAAUGUAUGUGUCUGCUUGUCUCUGUACCAGAAGGAUUAGAUAGGGCGGAAAAAUGUGAGGCGGAGGCUAUGCAGAGUACAGACAGACGGGCAGACAUUGGGAAGGGACGGGGGCGGGAGCGGGGAAAGCGAACGGAGUGUCUGUGUGGGACGCUCUCUGGAAUGAUGCUUCAGCCCGUUCAGAUAUGUCUGUCGUCCCGCUCGCUCGUUACUCCUUCUACUCCCUCCCGUGCUAACCUUAUUGUUCUCGCUCGUAUGCAUCUCAACCAAUUCCCCGCCCCGCCUAAAUAUGUGGCACGUCACGUCAUUGCUGUUGCUGCUACUGCUGUAUGCUGA